AUGGACUGCACCUUUCCCUUCAGCUCUGCCCCACAGGGCUUGCUGCAGCUCGAUGAGGAGCAGCUGGAGCAAUGGAAGUACUCUCGGCACAUAAGGCCCCGACACCACCAUAGUGAGCACAGCCUGAGCCCAGUUGGCCAGGGAUGCCAGAACAGCCGCUUAGAGCCACUGGAGUGCCGGGAUCUGCUGGUGCAGAAUGCGCUCUUCACUGGGGACCUGGAGAUGGUGCAGAAGUACUUCACCAAGAGCUCAGCCAUUAAUCUCAUCAUUGAGACCAAGAGUGAUGAGCUGCGCUGGACUAGCAGGAAACUUGGACUGUGGUCCCUGAGCUAUGAGCAGGAGCUCACCGCACCGCUGCACAUCACAGCCAGCCGGGGCUACACAGACUGCCUGCGGCUCCUCCUGCUCAGGGAUGCUGCCGUCAACUUUGCACCAGGGGGUAAGACUGCCCUGCAUGAGGCUUGUGCAGCAGCCAGUACCGACUGCGUGCGCCUGCUGCUCAGCUUUGGUGCUGACCCUGAGGCCGUCUCUGAGGAUGGCUACAAGCCCCUGCAUCUCUGCAAGAGCCCCGACUCCAUCGAGUGUGUCCGGCAGCUGCUGCAGCACGGUGCCAGUGUGAACAGUCGGACAGAGGAGGAAGAUGACACAGCACUGCAUGUAGCAGCACGGCAUGGCCUAACGGAACAUGUCCAGCUGCUUCUGCGCUACGGCGCAGAGCUGGAGGCAAAGAACGAGGAGGGGCAGACGCCACUGAAUGCUGCCUGUGCUCAGCCCCAUCGACCCCAGGACAUGGACCGCUACUACCGGGUCUGCCAGCUGCUGGUGGAGAGUGGUGCUAGCGUCAAUGCUGCAGACAGGGACCGCCAGCACCCACUUCACCUGGCCUGCAAGAAUGCCAAUGCUCAAGUAGCAGAAUUACUGCUGUCGCGGGGUGCAAAUGUCAAUAUCAUGAAUUACAGUGGCAACACGGCGCUGCACAAUAUUCUGCAAGCCACUGCCUACAAGCUAGAGCACCACCCAGAGCUGGUGGUGCGAGCCCUGCUCAACUAUGGUGCCAUCCGCAUCUGGCCUGGCUCCCUCCUCAAGGUGCUGCGGUACUGCCAUACCUGCCCGCGUGUUAUCGAGGCCCUGAUGAACAGCUACGACCACGUGCGCAUCUCUGAGGACUGGGUGGAAGCGGUUCCAGCGGAGGUUGUACAGAAAUACCCACGUUUCUACCAGUCACUUUUCUCUCUGGAGCAAAGACCUCGCUCCUUGCAGCACCUGGCUCGCUGCUCACUCAGGACCUUCCUGGAGGGACGGUUGCUUCUGGUCCUGUCUCAGCUGCACCUGCCAAGUGCCUUGCACCGUUUCCUGCUGCUCAGCUUCGAGGACGUUCUCUACUAA